GGCCAGGCGACUACGGGCUACCUCCCGCAGUCCAGCCACUAGCUACCAACUCUUGGUUUCCCUCCAACCCACCCCAUGUGCCCCAUCUCAGCCGCUUCCGCCGCCCUCCCCCGCGGUCCUCACACGCACCACGGCCGCCGCCACUAUACUACUCCCGACACCCCACUUGCUGUGUUGCGCUGUAGCCGUGAACGGUGAGCCCCGCCUAGUCUCGCGAUACCGAGGAGGCGCAUUCUGGCCGGUACGACGCGCGAUCGAUCAUCGAAGCGGGGGAGGAAAUCUCGGCACAUUCUGCUUGUACUUUCCCGCACCCACCGCCUUUGCCGGGCGCGCGCUGGUCAGAGCUAGCGAGCGAGCGGAUGAGGUCAGCUCAGCCUCAGCUGCCUCCGCGGCGCCAUUUCUUUGACGCUUCCAAGGCUACCCCUCCGUGCUCCUGAGCUGUCUUUGGUCAAUGAGAGUGGCGGAGGGUGGCCUGUGGACCGAAAAUCCCCACUGAAAUCAAGGCAACUAGGCAAGCAAUCUCUCUGGUCAGCAACAGCAGCAGCAGCGGUGGCAGGAGUGCUGUUGCGUACUGGGCAAGUGCAAGGUCUGCUUUGCAAGCUCAGCUCCACUACUUCACUUCAGUGUCUUAAAGAUCUUGAGGGGAGCUGCAUUGGCAGCUCGGCGCUGCUCAGCCAUUUGAGCUGUUCCCCGAUGCCAAUGGCUCAUGAGGUCGCUGCUCUGGUGCUGCUUCUGCUAGUGUCAGCGGUGGGGCUGGCGGCCGUGGCCCUGGCAGACCAGGAGAGCGACCGGAUCAGGGAGCUCCCGGGCCAGCCGCCCAACGUGGGGUUCUCGCAAUACUCCGGCUACGUCACCGUCAACCCGGCGCGGGGUCGCGCGCUCUUCUACUGGCUUGUGGAGGCGGUGCCGGCGGCCGGGCCCAUCGCGCCGCUUGUCCUCUGGCUCAACGGCGGGCCCGGGUGCUCGUCGGUCGGUUACGGCGCGUCCGAGGAGGUCGGCCCGUUCCGCAUCAGGCCCGACGGCGAGACGCUGUACCUGAACCCCAAUUCUUGGAACAAGGCGGCCAAUUUGCUCUUCUUGGAGUCACCGGCUGGCGUGGGGUUCUCCUACUCGAACUCAUCGCUGGAUCUGUACACCGCAGGAGAUGCAAAGACAGCACUGGAUGCCUAUGCUUUUCUGGUGAACUGGCUGGAGAGAUUCCCACAAUACAAAUACAGGGAGUUCUACAUUGCUGGAGAAAGUUAUGCAGGGCAUUAUAUUCCCCAAUUAGCGCAGCUCAUAUAUGAAAAGAACAAGGGCGUUCAGAAUCCUACGAUUAAUUUCAAAGGAUUCAUGGCGGGGAAUGCGGUGACCGAUGACUACCAUGACUAUCUUGGUACCUUCGAGUAUUGGUGGACUCAUGGUUUGAUCUCUGACAAAACCUAUCACAACUUGAAGGCAACAUGCAUGCUUGAUUCCUCAGAGCACCCUUCUCUUGACUGUCUCAAGAACCUGAAUCUAGCCAGUGCUGAAGAAGGCAAUAUUGAUCCUUAUAGUCUGUAUACAAAGCCAUGCAAUGACACAGCCUCUCUCAAACUUGGUUUGGGAGGACGCUAUCCCUGGUUGUCCAGAGCCUAUGAUCCUUGCACUGAGAGAUAUGCAAAUAUUUACUACAAUCGGCCAGAAGUACAGAUGGCAUUACAUGCUAACACUACUGGAAUUCGCUACCCUUGGAAAACAUGCAGCGAUAUUGUUGGAUCCUAUUGGGCAGACUCCCCCAAAUCUAUGCUUCCAAUCUACCAAGAAUUGAUCGCAGCUGGUAUCAGGAUAUGGGUUUUCAGUGGGGAUACAGAUGCUGUAGUUCCUAUAACUGCAACAAGAUACUCGAUAGAUGCCCUCAAGCUUCCAACACUGGUCAAUUGGUACCCUUGGUAUAACCAUGGAAAGGUUGGAGGUUGGAGUCAAGUUUAUAAAGGACUAACUCUCGUAACCAUAACAGGUGCAGGGCAUGAAGUGCCGCUACACCGGCCUCGACAAGCUUUGAUAAUGUUCAGACACUUCUUGCAGAAUACACCAAUGCCAACACAAUAGCCACUUGAAGCAGAAUUAUAGCGUAAACUAUCACGAUCAUAGUUAAUGUUUUUCAAAUUCUUUUUUACUUGAUUUGAUUGUUACAACAUGUUAUUCAAUUAUCUCGAUUGAAUGUAUGUAUGCCUUUUAGCAAAUAGGGAUACCUGACAUUUGUACUGUUGAAGCUAAAGAGCUCCUCUGUAUAUGAUAUUGAUUUUUAGCAGCAGCAUCCUUGAGUCUUAGAAUUUGCUUAAGAAGAUAACUGCCUUC